AUGAGAUUAGAGAGAGCAGUAGAAACGUUUAGGUUUGAAUUGUUGAUUAUUGUAUUUGUUGCAAUCUUUCCAAAUUGCUUAAGGGCUAACAUAGCAGAUUUCGAUGAGGUAUGGCAACAACGAGCUAAUCAAUCCAGAAAGAAUGCCCAAAAGGCCUACCAACCCGAUCCUGAGAAAGUCACUCAAGAUUUUAAUUAUCACCUUCACAAGGACAUAGAGGGUGACGUGGACAGUAACAGAACAAGCAGAAGAAGAAACCUGGGAAGCCAAAAAAGUGAAUGUAUGGCCACAAACCCAAUCGACCGUUGUUGGAGAUGUGACAAGAACUGGUUCAAGCACCGGAAGAGGCUCGCCAAAUGUGCCCUAGGUUUCGGCCGUAGAACCACCGGCGGCAAGCACGGCAACAUCUACGUCGUCACCGACCCCUCUGACAAUGACCUCGUCAACCCUAAGCCUGGAACGCUCCGCUAUGCCGUCAUCCAGCCGGAGCCACUCUGGAUCAUCUUUGCCAACGACAUGAUCAUUCGCCUCGCCGAGGAGCUCAUCGUCAGUAGCCAUAAGACCAUCGAUGGCCGUGGAGCUAAGGUUCAUAUAUGUAAUGGCGGUCAAAUCACGCUUCAAUUCGUGGAAAAUGUGAUCAUUCAUGGCUUGCACAUUCAUGAUAUCAAGGCUGGGAAUGGAGGGCUGAUUAGGGACUCGAUGGAGCAUUACGGAUUCAGGACGCGUAGCGAUGGGGAUGGGAUCUCGAUCUAUGGAUCUACGCGGGUUUGGAUCGAUCAUAUUUCGAUGUCCAAUUGUCAAGACGGGCUCAUCGAUGUGAUCAUGGCGUCCACGGCCGUCACCAUCUCAAAUUGUCACCUUACUCAUCAUAAUGAGGUGAUGUUGUUUGGUGCAAGUGAUGGGUAUUCGGAGGAUCAAGUCAUGCAAGUAACUGUGGCAUUCAACCAUUUCGGUCAGGGAUUGGUCCAGAGGAUGCCCAGGUGCAGAUGGGGUUUUAUCCAUGUUGUUAACAACGAUUACACUCAUUGGCUUAUGUAUGCCAUUGGCGGUAGCCAACAUCCUACCAUCAUAAGCCAGGGCAACCGUUUCAUUGCUCCUCCAGACAUAAAUUGCAAAGAGGUGACAAAGAGGGAUUAUGCACCUGAGAGUGUGUGGAAGACAUGGAAUUGGAGGUCGGAGGGUGAUCUCUUGAUGAAUGGAGCAUUCUUUGUUGAAUCCGGUAAUACAGUUAAGAAAGUGCCUAAGAAAGACGUGAUCACUGCAAAGCCUGGGACAUUUGUGACGAGGCUCACUCGCUUUUCAGGUGCUCUUAACUGUGUUAAAAAUAUGCCAUGUUAGGAUGUAUACAUAUAACAAUACUGUACAUAGAUCUGUGAAGCUCAGACCGAACCCUGUGGUUAGAAACGGAGGCUCUUGCAGUGACGACCAGAACGUAAACAAAACAAUAGUAGGCUUUCACAAAAUUGUAUAUUAAGUUCUAUAUUGUAUUAGUUGAUGUUACACUAAAAUUUUCGUUGAAAUCCUUGACGACACAUAUGACCUUAUACCUUCUAAUGACAUUUUUGGAGUUUACUAGAGUA